AUGUCCAACGACGACAGCCCAAAAUGGAGCGAAUAUCUUCCCCUGAUACUGUUGGGCAUUCGCUGUGCUUGGAAAGAAGAUCUGAAAUGCCAGUUCUUCGACCCCCAGCCGCUUGACAACCUACAGUUGACAGCAACGGACUAUGUCGGACGCCUUCACGACCACUUCUCCCGAGUUCGACCAACUGCCCCUCGAGUUCCUAGUACCCGUCGGACCUUCGUUUCACCCCACCUCCGAUCAGCAUCUCAAGUUUUCCUCCGGACUGACGCCCUCCUACGGUCUCUACAGCCCCCCUACUCUGGUCCACACCACGUGAUCGAACACCAUCCCAAAUACUUUAUCAUCGACCACGGUGGUCGUCGGGAAACGGUGUCCACCGAUCGGCUCAAACCCGCCUUCACCGAAUCCGACACUCAGCCUCCCUUCCUUACCGCUUCAGGCUCAACCCCACCUGUCAACUAG